AUGGACUGGGCAAUCAAAGUGGCCCAUCCGGAAUUACUGUACGGGGACCCUAAAUUGUCGAUAGCGUUUAUUGUGCCGAGCCUGUUACACAUCAUCAUAGCGUUCGUGUUACUAGGCAUCUGCGCGUCUGACUUUCUUUGCCCCAAUGUGGCCCAUAUUUCAGACCCCAACAGUCUUCGAUCGAAUGGUUCGUUAGUAGCGAAACCAGCGUCCCAUGCUUCUCAUACGGGGGCCUUAAUGGCGAUUCUGCUGUCAUGGUGUAAUUCUUCACCUGACCUGUUCUCAAACCUGGUGAGCUGGGCGACCUCUACCAGAGAAACAAGGUCUGCUUCAGCAUCGCUCUCUAUCGGCGAAGUGCUAGGUGCGUGCGGAAUCAUCAUGUGCAUCGUGGAAGGUUCCAUCUUCAUGAUUAUGUCCAGAACCCAGAUUGAAAUCUCGCAGAUCCAAAAACUUUCUAUUAUUAGGGAUUUGGUAUUCACUUUGGUCGCCAUGUGCAUGAUGAGUUACAUUUCUUUUAUGAACCAGGUCACUGUGCUAAAUUGCCUUUUAAUGGUUUUUCUUUACGCAUUUUAUUUAGUCGUUAAACUGACUUUUAAAUUCAAUCAUUCCCCAGAACCCGCUGCUAACGUUGGUGCUGACUCGGACCUCAGGGAGAACUCUGUCUCUCCGUCUUCAGAUGACUCGCUUAUGGCCUCAGGCCUACUACCGCCUGUACAGCCCGGCUUUGACGUGUCUAAUUCUUUAACACACGGCAUCAAGCCAAGUUUACUAUCUGCCAUGGAUUUUAAUAGUUUCUUAUCAAUGCUCGAAAACUCGUCCAUGGAGGAAGAUGACUCAAGGAAUGAAAUGGCUGAACUAACUACCUUGCGUAGCCUCACACCAGCUAAAUACUGGCCCGCUAUUACAACAGCUGCUGCUGGCGCGGCUGAACGACCCUUUAGUGAGCCAACAAACGGCUUUGGGCAAUAUGCUGAUUCUGAUAGAGCCAUAAAUAGUUCUCCUGCAAUGUUCGCUCCUUACCACGAUAACUCUGACGACGAAGAAUCUGAAGAACGGACAUCACUAGAACCCCCAAUACAUGAUCACUUCAGGACACGGGAGAUGCGACGAAUCUCAAAGAAAUCUGCAGGUUGGAUCUUAAAAAUAUUUUUACCACAUUUGUCGAAUUUUUCUCAAAAAUCUACCUCAGAUGCGAUAUUCUCCAUUAUCACCAUUCCAUUUUUCAUUGUGUUCAAAUUAUCAUGCCCACAACCACCUACAGAUAUGCUCAGUUAUGACGCUACCCUAAACAAAUAUUCUUUAACAACUUUGCCCAUAGUUUUGUUAUUUAUUCAGUCGGUUACUGCGCCAUUCCUCUUUUGCAAUACGCUUUCUGUUCUUCUGGCCGCCCAUCUGGGAUAUUUCGUUUAUCUUCUCCCUUUUAUUGUAUCCCUUGGUUUAAUUCUACUAUUAACGGUGUUUAUCACAAAGGUAAAUUUGCAUAAUAAAUUCACUCUAUCGUUAGAUAGCUCGAAUAUUCUACAAGAAAAACUACAAAAAAGAAAGUUACUCGAAAGACUCAAUACCUGCAUCCAGGUGAUUUUCUUGGCCGUCGGGAUAAUAAAUAUUAUACUAUGGAUAUCCCUUUUAGCCAACUGUCUUAUUGAAAUGAUGGAAAUAUAUCAACAAAUAUUGGGAUUAUCGAAAGCCAUACUGGGCCUAACUAUUUUUGCAUGGGGUAAUUCAAUUGGUGAUCUGAUCUCCAAUAUUUCCAUGUGCAGGCUUUACAAGACGCAAACUCAUCAUCAAGAAAGGAUACACUUGGCAACGAAGUUUUUCAUGAUAUCAUGUGCAUCUUGUUUGGGUGGUGUAAUGCUAAACUCCAUGGGCGGUAUAGGUUUCAGUGGGCUAGUUGCAAUGCUUUUUAUUGGCGUUUUUAAUGAUAACGACUGGUGGUUUUUAAGAAAAGUCAAAUUACAAGAGCCGAGCCAACUUGACGAUGGAUUAAAUUACAAAUUCGUCGUUUCUUGCAUUUUCAUUAUCCUACAGAUUAUUCUCUUGCUUCUAUUCUUUGGCGGACCGAAGGAUAUUAAGCGAUACCUCGCAAGAGAUAUGAAGUUAGUCGGAAUGUGUAUGUGCGGGUUAUGGGCACUCGCCACUUUAAUUAAUGUACUUCUAGAGCUUUUUCAGUAG